GGGUGGAGUCAAAUCCCCAGGCAAUAGGGGUGUUCUAGGCAAGGACAGAGGACAGUUUGGCCCCAGAGCGGCGGCAGGCAGGGGACAGCCUGCGGUGGUGGUGGGAGUGUGCGCAGGUUCGCUGGUGAUGGCCUUGAUUUCCCCAGGGGAAGAAAAGGUCACCAGCUGAAAGUGUGAACAGAGGCUUCCUGGGUCUGAAGAGAGGCGGGAGGGUGUCAAGUCGUCGUCCUGAACAGAGGGAGGAUGAGGGGGUUGGGCACAGAGGCUGGGUUGCCGAGCUCUCCCCAAAGCCAGACUCUGUGUUCACAUAGGCAGUUGCUUGUUGUGGCAGCGUCCCUUGUGUUUUCUCAUCCCGCUGUCUGCCGGGCCAGCUGUCUUCCUCCAGGCUGCAGCUUGGGGCUCCCUGUUCGUGAUGAUCCUCUCCCGUCUUACUGGGUCCAGUCCUCUCCUAUCCAACCAUUCUUUGCUUAUGCGUCCACUACUCUAAGGUGGAGGUCAACAAACAUUUCCUGAAAAGUGACAGAUAGUAAAUUUAGUUUCAGAUUCACGGGCCAUAUAGACUCUCUCACACCGAUAAACCCUUGCAAUACAGAAGCAACCAGACGACAUGUCAAAGAUUGGGCAUCACUGGGUUCUAAUAGAAUCCUAUUUGCAAAAACAGACAGUGGGCUGAAUUUAACCUGUGGACCAUCGUUUGUCCUGCUCAAAGUGAUAAUAGGGAUGAGGUCUCAGUUAUCUCUGGAGCCUCCACAGCUGACAUGAAUCUGGGUACUGGGUAGGGACUGAGAAACCAUUUGAGCAGACGAGAAAUGAGUUGAUACGUUCAAAUAAGGGCUUAGGGCUGUCAAGGUGUGCACGCCACAAUGUUCCGGCGCAAUUGUCAAUGGUCAGCCUUUCUGUACUGUGUAUAUGGAAACAUGGGAACAUGAGCCCUGGAUGCCCAGGAAAAAAAAAAAGUCAGAGGUAGUUUUGUGGUGUGUCCUAUCAAUGUCAAGCUGCUGUCCUGUCUAGGCAACCUUUCUCCUAGGUUCCUGAGUACACAAGCUCCCCUCCCCAGUACAUGAGACUAUCCACUUCCCAAAUAAGUGUUGUGUUCAUUCUGACUUACUGUUCCUGUUUCCCCUCUGGCCCCCAGCUCCUUGCAAAGAACAAGUAGCUUUCAGGUACCAAUCAUAUGCAAGGCAUGAUGGGAGAAUCAUAGACCCAUCCCUUAAGGAGCUUGAACAUCCCAUGGAUUCUGUCCUUUGCCCAUUGUGAUGGCUAUCCUUGGUUGUCAACUUGACCAUCCCUGGAAUUAACUAAACCCCAAGCAGCUGGGUAUACCCAUGAGGAAUUUUUCUUGACUGGAUCAUUUGAGGUGGGAAGAUCCACCUUAAAUCCAGACCAUCUGAGGUAGCAGCCUAUAUAAAGGAAUUGGGAGAAGGAAGCUUUUGCUUUUGGCCUGCUUGCUUUCACUCUGGCUGACAAAUCAUUCCUUCCCUGGCAUUAGAGUUUACUUCUUCAGGAUUCCAACAUACACUGAAGACCAACUGAGACAUCCAGCCUCGUGGACUGAACAACUAUUGCAUUCUUGAACUUUCCCUUGGGAGACAGCCAUUGUUUGCCUAGCUGAACCACAGCUUCCUGCCUUCUGGUGGGUUCUCUUGGGUCUGAGUGCAAGUGUGGAUAUUUUCUUCUCAAUACAUCACAGGCACUACCAGAGCCCAGCGGAAGCCCACUCUAAGUUCUCUGAGGUCAGUGGUAUCCAAUGGAAAUAUAACUUAAACACAUAUGCAGUUCUAAGUUUACUAGUAGCACAUUCACAACAUAAAAAGAAACAUGAAAUUCACGCCAGGCUAGUGAAAUGGCUCAGUGGACCCAUGUAGUAGAGGGAAAACGGCAACUCCAUAGUGUCUUCUGACCUCCACAUGCACGCCCUGGCACAAAUGCACCCCCCAUAGGCUUAUAUACACAAACCCUGGCACAAAUGCGCCCCCCACACGGGCAUAUAUGCACAAACCCUGGCACAAAUGCACCACCACAUGGGCUUAUAUACACACACGCAUAAUAGAUGAAUGGAUAUAAAAAGAAUUUAAUCCUAAUUAGUUUACUUCCUAGAAUACUAUGAUAUCCACAUGAAGUCAAUACAAAAGUUAUCAAGGAGAAACCUUGCAUCCUUUUGUUCAUGCUGGGUCCUCAGUGGCCAGCAUGUGUUUCUCACAUUCAGCACAUUCCAGCUGGACAGGCUGAAACCCAGUGCUCAGUGACUGGGUCUGGUUUGUGGCUCCCACAGGGCCCAGGCAAACGGCCAGCACAUGCAGCACUGAGCACCUCUGGCCAGGCACUUCAUGGUCCCUCUCCAUCUUCGAAGCACUGUAUGAAGUGGAGUUGUCCUCAUUGUUCAGGGCACUCUGUUUUCAUGAAUCUUAUAAACGCCCCACUUGGAAAUGCUAAGAUCAGGCUUAAGGACAGCUGAGCCCCACUAGACAUCAAGACAACCCAUGGCUUUGGUUGCAUCUUUCAACAUGACCAAUCCACAGCCUGCCAUUGAAGGAGGGAUUUCUGAAGUUGAGAUUAUCUCCCAACAAGUAGACGAAGAAACCAAGAGCAUUGCUCCCGUGCAGCUGGUGAACUUUGCCUAUCGGGACCUGCCCCUGGCUGCUGUGGACCUCUCCACGGGGGGCUCACAGCUCCUGUCGAAUUUGGACGAAGAGUACCAAAGAGAAGGGUCUAACUGGCUGAAGCCGUGCUGUGGGAAGAGAGCAGCCCUGUGGCAGGUAUUUUUGCUCAGUGCGGGUCUCAACAGUUUCCUGGUAGCCUGUGUAAUAUUGGUGGUGAUUCUCCUGACUCUGGAACUUCUAAUAGAUAUAAAGCUUCUCCAGUUUUCCAGUGCAUUCCAGUUUGCUGGUGUCAUUCACUGGAUCAGUCUGGUCAUCCUCUCUGUGUUCUUCUCAGAGACUGUUCUACGGAUCGUGGUGCUGGGGAUCUGGGAUUACAUCGAAAACAAAAUAGAGGUGUUUGAUGGGGCUGUGAUCAUCUUGUCCUUGGCCCCGAUGGUGGCAUCCACUGUGGCUAAUGGACCCAGAAGCCCCUGGGAUGCCAUCAGCCUCAUCAUCAUGUUCCGAAUCUGGCGAGUGAAGAGGGUCAUUGAUGCCUACGUCCUGCCAGUCAAAUUGGAGGUGGAGAUGGUUACCCAGCAGUACGAGAAGGCCAAGGCCAUCCAAGAGGAGCAGCUGGAGAGACUGACGCAAAUCUGUCAGGAGCAAGGGUUUGAGAUCCGGCAGCUGCGCGCGCACCUGGCCCAGCAGGACCUGGAUCUGGCUGCCGAGCGGGAGGCGGCGCUGCAGCAAGGCCCUCACGUGCUCAGCCAGCCACGCAGCCGCUACAAGGUAGUGGAGGCCGGCACGUGGGCCGAGGAGACUGCCGCCGAGAGCAUCGUGGAGGAGAUGAGGCCCGCUCAAGAAGCCACAGUGAAGGACGACAUGAACAGCUACAUUAGCCAGUACUACAACGGACCUAGCAGUGACAGUGGGGUCCCAGAGCCAGCAGUAUGUGUGGUCACUACAGCUGCGAUAGACAUCCACCAGCCCAACAUCUCCUCAGAUCUCUUCUCAGUCGACCUGCCUCUGAAGCUCAGUGGUAACAGCGCCUGCACCAGUGCCACCUCGGAGGCCACCUCCCACUCCACCUGUGGCUCAGUCACCAGGGCCCAGAGCGCCAGCAGCCACACGCUGGCUUCCUCCACAGACUGUAGCACCCCCCGAGAAGAGCUGUCCUCUGAGCCUGGACCUUCUCCCCUCCCCCUGCUGCCUCCCCCUCAGCAGCAGGUGGCAGAGGCCACAGUCCAGGACCUGAUGUCCUCUCUGUCAAAGGACCCCUGCCCAUCCCAUAAGGCCUUGGAGCCAGCACCCCUGGCCCAGCCUACCCCUGCGGGCUCAGCCCAGACCAGUCCUGAGCUGGAGCACAGGGUAAGUCUGUUCAACCAGAAGAACCAGGAGGCCCUCCCUGUUCUUCAGAUCAAGCCUGUCAUCCACUUGCAGCCCACAGCAGGGCUGGAGGAGAAGUUCAGAUCUUUGGAAUCCAAAGAGCCAAAGUUGCAUAGGGUUCCUGAGGCCUAGAGAGCCUGCAGGAUUGUGGAGUGCAAAGAGGGGAGACAGCCAUCUUGAAACUCUUUCAAGACCCCAGAGGCCACCCAGGGCCACAAAUGGGGCUCAGGAUCCCGCCUGGCCUCCCUCAGGGUGCUGUCUGCCUCCGGGGAGGUGAUGCCAGGCAGAGGCCACAUGCCUCAGACCUCAGAGUCCAGAGCUGGGGCCUCCUCUCGGCCUACUCAGGAGAGGGUGGUGCUCAUGGCUGGGGUUUGGGGUUUUUGUUUUUGUUUUGUGUUUCUGUUUUUUUUAACCAUUUUUACAAAACCAGCCUAUGGCCCAGCUUCAGCAGGGUAGAGCGUGGGGACCAGCUCAGCCUAUCCCGUGGCCUUCGUUCCUGAUGCCCACCCCGGAAUCUCGGGGACAGCACUGUGAGCAGGGGCUGCCCAGCCUCACCCCAGGAAUGCUGGGGGAGCCGACACAAUCACAGAGACCACAUCUGACAUUCUCUCAUUUCAACGUGGACGUUUCCAAGUCUUCGCAGGCCAUGAGGGGACGGAUCUGGAGGUGGGAGGGGGUGGGAGGGCAGGGGCAGCCAUUUUACAACCCUGGCUUUAAUAAUAAAAACCAGCUGCACUGA